CUACAGAACAGUUUUGUGUCGCGCGGGCCUUAAAUUAGUAGCUUUUUCUACAUUCUUUUCAAAAGAUGCUCGCUCACGGAAUCAAAACAAUCAAACGAAGAACAAGAAUUCUCAAGAAACUCUUGCCUCUAAUCAAACUCGGAUAGAAUUCAAAUCAAGAAACUUCCACGUAGUUUGAAGGGUGUAUUUGUGAUUUUAUUUCACUACUAUCGCUCUCGAACGUUUACAAGACCAAGCUCGCGCCAGUCUGAUGAAUUCGCCGAACCAGGACGAAGAUGAUGUGCCCGUUAAAGACCCGGUGAAAUACGGCGAGCUGGUCCUACUGGGGUACAAUGGCUCUCUGCCCAGUGGAGACCGGGGGAGGAGGAAGAGCCGCUUCGCUCUGUACCGGAGGACCAAGGCCAACGGAGUCAAACCCAGCACUGUUCACAUCCUCAACACACCACAGGACAGCAAGGCAGUCCACAGCAGGGGGCAGCACAGCAUCUCCUUCACUCUGUCCCGCAACCAGACAGUGGUGGUGGAGUACUGCCACGACAACGACACUGACAUGUUUCAGAUUGGGCGCUCCACAGAGUGUCCAAUAGACUUUGUUGUGACAGACACAUCAGGAGAGGGGAAGGAGUGCGAGGACCCCUCAGUGGCCCCCAGCACCAUCUCCCGCUUCGCCUGCAGGGUGGUGUGUGAACGCAACCCCCCCUACACUGCACGCAUCUACGCCGCUGGCUUUGACUCCUCCAAAAACAUCUUUCUAGGGGAGAAAGCCACUAAGUGGAAGAACCCGGACGGCCACAUGGAUGGCUUGACCACCAACGGGGUGCUGGUGAUGCACCCUGAGGGUUUCCCUGAGGACAACAGACAGGGCCUGUGGAGGGAGAUUUCUGUUUGUGGGGACGUCUACGCCCUCAGAGAGACACGCUCUGGACCCAGCCGAGGCAAACUGGCGGAGGGAGAAAGCAGUGCCUUGCGGGAUGGUUCUCUGGUGGACCUGUGUGGAGCCACUCUGCUGUGGCGUACUGGGGAGGGCCUGCUCCACGCUCCCACCCUCCGCCACCUGGAGGCACUGCGACAGGAGCUCAACGCUGCCCGGCCACAGUGUCCUGUAGGCCUCAGUACUCUGGCAUUCCCUAGCCUGCCACGCAGCCACAGUUUUCCUUUUCUCCCCAGUCUGGAGGAGCGCCAGCCCUGGGUUUACCUCACCUGCGGACACGUACACGGCCGCCACGACUGGGGCCAGCGCCCCGAGCGCCGGGAGGCGAGAGGAGGAGAGGGGGAAGGAGGGAUCUCCACAGUCCGCCGGGAGUGCCCUCUAUGCAGGAGCGUGGGGCCCUACGUACCCCUGUGGCUGGGGUGUGAGCCCGCCGUGUACGUGGAUGCUGGAGCACCUACGUACGCGUUUGUACCCUGCGGCCACGUGUGUUCAGAGAGGACAGCCAAGUACUGGGCGGAUACCCCGCUGCCCCAUGGGACCCACGCCUUCCGGCCCACCUGUCCCUUCUGCUCUGCCCCUCUCAGCAGCACCCCACAGGGCUGGACACGCCUCAUCUUCCAGGGCCCCAUCGACUAGCCAGGGCCCCCACGGAUGCAUUCCACAACUACUACGCAACAGUGGAACCAACAAAGUCACAAAACCAAAGGCCCAAUCCUAACUUGAGAUAAUUGUGUAUAACUAAUAUGAAUAUUUCUCCAAUUUACACUACAUCCAUGGUGAUGUUAGACAUGUGUUAACGUCAUUUUAGGAUCUGUGCUGUAGUUUGCAUUAGGCACAUUUCUCUCAAGUUAAGAUUUGGCCAUAACAGAAUCUCCCUUCAAAAGCAAUAAGAACACCACUAUAGCGAAGCAUAGUUUUUAGAUAACCUCGUUUUUUGGCUAGUCAUCCAUGUCUCCAAUUCUGUCUCUCUUCAGACAUGGCUGAAUGUUGUCUGCAGCUCAAGGGCUAAACCUGAGGUGUGUUGAAGUCACUGGAUGUUCAUGAUUGCUGGUUUCCUGACAAAAUCAUCUCAGCCCAAUUUUGAACCAAUAAUGUAAUGAUGCUACUUCAGUGUAUAUUCCCUUUGACAAAUAUGAAUUAUCUGGAAAACAUGACAUUGUAAUAUUUUGCCAAGCGGUUCAACCCCACAGUACCAGUAACUUAUUCUACAGUUGCAAAUAUAAGUGAUGUUGGUGAACAUUCUGCAGUUUGACCACACCUCAGGUUUGUGACCAAACAGACAGACAGGGUCCGUGUCAUGAGACAUAGCAGAAAGGUCAGAAAGCGUGACAUAAAGUAACCUCAUAAGACAUUUUUUUUCAAAGAAAAUAACUUUUAUAAAAAUGGGGGGUGUUUGGGGUGGGAUGGGUUGGGAUUUCAUUUAGAUGUUGAGUGUUAAGAUACAACUAUUUUUCUAUCUUGAGUAUUUAGUUAAAUGUGAUUUCUCAAUGUAUGCGUUUUCUGUAAGUGUAUGAUGUAUUAUGUGUUCGAUGAAACGAGGAGAGUGAGAAAAAAUUGCCAACACUGUGUCACACACGUUACACGACCAUAAACAAUUGCCCAGACAAUGAAUGUAGCCAAAUACUCAGGCUAUACUAGCUUCGCCUGCCCAGGUGCUUGUAUUGAAUUGCUCUAUAUUAUGCUACUACUAUUUUUUUAUCUGAACGUUGUGAUAUACAGUACCAGUUGACACAUCUACUCAUUCAAGGGUUUUUCUUAAUAUUUUACUAUUUUCUACAUUUUAGAAUAAUAGUGAAGACAUCAACUAUGAAAUAA